AUGAAUAGGACUUCUGUAACAGAAUUUAUACUCACUGGGCUCACUGACAAUGCCAAACUGAAAAUUCCUUUGUUCGUCCUAUUUCUGCAUGUUUAUAUCACAACCGUAGUUGGUAAUGUUGGCUUUAUGUUCCUAAACAUAGCAAACAAACGCCUUCACAAGCCAAUGUACUUGUUUUUGAGCAAUCUUUCCUUUGUGGACUUUUCAUGUUCCUCAGUGGUCCUGCCUAAAAUGUUGACGGACCUUCUAAGUGAAACCAAAGCCAUCUCUUUUGCUGGCUGUGCCAUGCAGUUUUUCUUUUUCGGGUCCUUCGGAAGUACAGAAAGUCUUCUUCUAGGAGUCAUGGCCUACGAUCGCUAUGUGGCCAUUUGUAGUCCAUUGCUAUACCAGGCUCACAUGAGCAGUGUUUUGUGUCUCCAGAUGUUGAUUGCUGCCUAUUUUGGAGGCUUUUGCAAUUCUUUUGUGCACACGGUGGCCGCAUUCCGUCUGAAUUUUUGCGGAUCCAACAUUAUUGAUCAUUUCUUCUGUGACCUUCCACCACUCUACAAGUUGUCCUGCUCUGAUAUAUCAAUGAAUGUAGUAGUUUUGAUUAUUUUAGCUGGCCUGGUUACUAUGAGCAGUAUGAUACUUAUCCUAGUCUCAUACACCAACAUUGUCCUGGCCAUUGUGAAGAUAAGGUCAGCCCAGGGUAGAUACAAGGCUUUCAAUACAUGUGCUUCUCAUAUUACUGCUGUCAGCAUCUUAUAUGGGACUUUUAUCUUUACGCAUCUUCAUCCAUCCACAAGCUAUGCCCUACAGCAGAACCAGGUGGUUUCAGUCUUCUACAGUAUACUUAUACCAAUGCUAAAUCCCCUCAUUUACAGUCUUAGGAAUGCAAAGGUUAAAAAUGCAAUGAAUGGUUCUUUUAAAUAUGUUAAAAGGUGA